CUCCUGCCGGCAGGGCGCUGCAUUUGCGACUCAGAAUUUCUUCACCGUCGAUCGUGUCUCCUACAAUUUACCCCAGCCGCUCCUGACACACGCACCGGGACGCUCCACGUCCGACGGCGCCUCGCUCCCUGACGACAGCGGAAGCGGCGCGGCGGGGCCGGGCCGAGGGCUGCGGGCAGAGGCGGUGCAGCUCCGCCCGAACUCGGCGGUACCGUGCGCGGCACGGCCCAGCCCGCACCCGCAUGGGGCGAGCGGCUCGGAGCGCGCUGUUGUGAGCGGCACAACGAGCCAGCGAGGCAGGCAGACGCACCGCCGGCAUGUCCGCGCCCUGCUGCGCCGGCCAGUUGGCCUGCUGCUGUGGUACUGCUGCUUGUGCCUUGUGCUGCAAAUGCUGCCCCAAGAUAAAGCAGUCAACAAGCACACGCUUCAUGUACGCGCUCUACUUCAUCUUGGUGACUAUUAUCUGCUGUGUCAUGAUGUCAACGACAGUAGCUAAUGAAAUGAAAACACACUUUCCCUUCUAUGAGCAGAUGUGCAAGGGCAUUCAGGCGGGUGAGAUGUGUGAGAAGCUGGUGGGAUACUCUGCAGUCUACAAAGUCUGUUUUGGAAUGGCCUGUUUCUUCUUUUUAUUCUGCUUGUUUACCAUCAAAAUUAACAACAGCAAAAGCUGCCGAGCAUAUGUUCAUAACGGAUUCUGGUUUUUAAAGCUUCUACUUCUGGCAGCAAUGUGCUCAGGAGCUUUCUUCAUUCCUGAUCAGGACACUUUCCUCAAUGCCUGGCGCUAUGUAGGAGCCACAGGAGGUUUCCUUUUCAUUGCCAUUCAACUCAUCCUGCUUGUUGAGUUUGCACACAAAUGGAAUAAAAAUUGGACUGCAAGCGCAAAUCACAAGCAGAUGUGGAGUGGUUUGCUCGCUCUGGUCACUCUCAUCUUGUACUCUGUUGCUGUGGCAGCCCUGGUCCUCAUGGCUCUUUUCUACACGCGUUCAGAGGGUUGCUUGUCUAACAAGAUCCUGAUCGGUGUCAACGGUGGCCUGUGCCUCUUUGUGUCGCUGGUAGCCAUAUCACCCUGUGUCCAGAAUCGCCAGCCCAAUUCUGGUCUGCUGCAGUCAGGAGUAAUCAGCUGCUACGUCAUGUACCUCACUUUCUCAGCACUAUCCAGCAAGCCCCCAGAAACCAUCCUGGAUGAAAACAAUCAGAACAUCACAAUAUGUGCACCUGAAUUUAGCCAAGGACUACAUGGAGAUGAAAACCUGGUUACAGGCCUGGGUACUACCAUUCUCUUUGGCUGCAUUAUAUAUUCUUGUUUGACCUCAACAACACGUGCAAGCUCUGAGACGUUGAGGGGAAUAUAUGCAGCACCUGAAACUGAAGUAGCUCGGUGCUGCUUUUGCUGCGCGCUUGAUGGAGAUGCUGAUGCUGAGGAGCAUGUUGAAAAAAGGGGAGGCCAGACCGUGAUUUAUGAUGAAAAGAGAGGCACAGUGUACAGCUAUACCUUCUUCCACUUUGUUUUCUUCCUGGCUUCACUCUACGUAAUGAUGACAGUAACUCACUGGUUCCACUAUGAAAGUGCCCAGAUUGAGAAAUUCUUCACUGGAACCUGGUCCAUCUUCUGGAUUAAGAUGGUCUCCUGUUGGUUUUGUGUCUUUCUCUAUUUAUGGACCCUUAUUGCUCCUCUCUGUUGCCCAACCAGAGGGUUCUCAGUGUGAACACUCAACAACUUUCUGAGUGUUUUAUCUUUUUUUUUUUUUUUUUUUUUUUUUUUUUAUUUUUUCCUCCCUGUUACAAAUAAAGCUCAGUGGUCACUUUGUGAUGAGGAAACACCCAUUUCCUCAUUAUCCUAAUAUACCAGAUAGUAACUUUUUAGUUAGAUUAAAAUAUUUGAAAACUUUUUUUUUUUUUUAACCUGUUUUUAAUUGUCAGCAUUUGUCCAAGGGGAUGAUUCUCUUCUAAAACUCUUUAAGCUUGAUGCGUGUAGUAUAAGGAACGAGGUUGUUUCAUUAGCAGGAGUAAGUGAAAUGCUUUUAGGAUAACUGACGGUCUUUCUCUGACCUUAUUGGCAAGAUAAUUUGUGCAGAUAUCCAACGUCCACAGAAGACACACCUCCUAGCAGAACGCAUUCCUUUCCAUGCUCUUCUACUAACCACGCCUUUUGCAAUGAUGAUGUGAACUGCUGUUUUGUAUGGACUAUAGUUCUUGUGAGUAGUACAAAUCCCUUUUUCCAGAAACAUACCCGAAUGCUUCUGUAGAAAUAGAGAAUAUACAGAAGUUUGACUUCCAAAAACAUCUAAACUUUGUUUAAAUGUACUAUAAAUUAUUUUAUUUCCUAGAUUGAGAAAGCAAUCUAUCCUACUGUAACUUAAACAGGCACCUGAGUAUUUUAUUCAACUCAUAACUUAUCCAGUUAUUAACAGAGGGGAGUUAUACGCACAGAGAUUCUUGAGCUCUGAAUUGGAUUGGUUUUGCUUUGCCAAAUUAAGAUUAGUAACCGCAAGCUUUGUGUACUGUACAAGGAUUUGAGAUACGGUACAGUCUUUAUUCAAAAUGUUGUGGGUUUUUUUUUUUGCUGGGGAAAUAUUAAUUACAAGAGCACUGCCAGUUGCUGUUAAUGUUAAAUGUGGAGUGCUCAGUUACUAUUCUACCCUGCUGUCUCAGUUUGUGUCUAAGGAUCCCCAGGGUCUUCAGUUCUGUUUCUGUUACUGAUUUGAAAACAGUGCUAGACAGAAAAAGGACUACAGUCAUCCUCCUUUUCUGCCUGUGUUGUUUGGAAGCGAUCUUUCUAACUGCUGUCCCUUCAUACUUCUCUGUUGGCAUUAGUUUUGUUGUUGCAAUGGGAGAUAGCCAACGGAUCCUUUGAUGGGAACAGAACUUCUUUUAGAGUGCUCCUAUUUCUAGCAGCGGGAUAAGGAGUUGGGAAAACAAAAGCAGAAAACACAGAUGUGACAAGCAGCUGCCAUAGCACAAAUGACUGACUUGACAACAUAAAGCCUGCUAUAGACAUACAUAUAUAUGUAUGUAUACGUAUACAUAUGCAUGUAUAUGUACAUACAUACGUAUGUAUCUUUUUUCUUCUAGCAAACAAUUUAGUGGUUGGACAGCAGCUCAAAUGCUUCAAGUUCUGAAUAAGGUUGAACCUGCUUAUCUACUUACCAGGGGGAAAAACUUACAACUGAAAGUCACCCCCAGGGUUUUGUUUUUUUCUUCUCUUUUUCUGUGUGUAUGUGUACACAUACAUGUACAUACACACGGUGCAAAGUGUGAAAGUUAUGAACCAAAAGAAUUAAUUUAGCAGGCAUAGGGUGUUUUGUUUAUUGAAAGACACGAUCGAGCCUUAAGUGCUCACCCAAUGCUUUCUACAAAACAAAAGCACAACACAGAGGCCAGUGAGGUGGCCAAAAUAUUUACAUGCCUUAUUUGUUCUGUUGCAAUAACUGAUAGCUAAGGCACAUCUGGUGAGUGAUCUUCAUAUAACACGUCUCAGUUCUGCUCUUGUUUUGUUUGCCAUUUUCAUCUGUCUUUUUGCUGUGGUAUCCUAGAGCUCCUGUCCUGCUUGCAGUUUGAUAGUGGUGUUAUAUUCCCAAAUUCUUACUCUCUUACCUCAAGGAAAAUCCGCAGGCAUGGAUGUCCUGGACAUUACCUACCGCAGUGACUAGAAGUCUCAAAAUACCUCCAGUGUGAAGACCAAGGGUAGGAGGAAUCUCUUACAGCUGCAGAGCUCUAAAAACUGGUGGCCAGUUUUUGUUGUUGUUCUUGCUUCUGCUGGGAGUCACUGGUCUUGUUAAGAGCUCUGUUAGCAGGGGGUCCACACGCUUGGCUGCGUUUGGAAUCCAGCAAAGCAGAUCCUUCUGCCACAGAAAGGCAUUUGUUGCUGCAUUUGCCAUCAGGAAGCAUUUAAUUGUGCCAUAUCUAAGAUAAGAGCUUAUGGACUGUGCAGUGAUUAAUAUUGUAUCGCCUUACUAGUAGCAGCUGUUCUGACAAACAGUCUUGAUCCAGAACUUCAACUGUGAGCUGCAACUGAGAUAGUCCAGCCCUGCAGUCCUUCUUUGGUGAAAGUGAAGGCUGUUCUCUAAUGCAGAGGGGCAUGUAGGAGUUGCCUCCUAGUGUCAGUUAUGUUGCACUAUGAGAAAACAAACCUAUCUUAUUAAAGUUAGUGAUGUUAUUCGAGCAGAACAAUCUGGGCAAGAAGCUGUACAGAAGCAGGCAUGCAGUAUGUCAAGUUUAAGUCAGUGAAUGGCAGCUGUUCUCUGAAUCUGAUAAAAGGGAACUCAGUCACAAAUUUGGAUGAUUUUAAUACAUAUCUCGGCCAACAGAUGUUAUUGUUUGAUUAUAAAAAUGCUUAUUUUAUGUGGAUGGUAUCUGCCUACAUAAGGACUUGAUGCACCUCCUCGUGCGCACUUUUUAUAACUUGUAUUUGGGGAAAUAGAUUUUGCACAGAGGAAACAGGGUUGUAGGAGGAAACUCCACAGUGAGGCCUGGAUUCAUCCUUCUUACAGAUUUGCCUUGCUGAGUUGUUCUUUCACCCUCCCACCAGCUAUUGACUUCACAUGUCUGUGGGCAUACAGAGGGUGGAACAGGGCAGUGCCAGGCUGCGCUGUUCUGUGCAUCUGAGCAAGCCUUGUAGGGAAAUAAUUCUGAGACCUCGAAUCUGACUGUGCAUCUCCAGGCCUUCCUAAGGAAUCAAUAAUUGCUGGCAGCUCGAUACACAGAGCCUCAGUGAGGCACGACCUCUUGCUGUCCAGGCAAAGAUUUCAGCCGUAGCGUUUGUUGUGAAAUCUCUACUGUGAACUUUUCACACACAACCACUUAGUUAAAAUCCUGGGCUGGGGCCUAAGAUUCAAAUGCUCAAGUCAUUGGUUGCUAGCAAUUCACAGAGAUGGGGUUUUAGAGUCUUUUAACAAGUGCCUUCAGACCUACUGCCAUGAGAGCAGUGGCACUGGAACUGGAAAACCGGGACUGAGCCUGCAACGUGGUGCUGCUGCCUUCACUGCUGCGUACAGCACGCAUUGAUGCCUGUGGUGCAUGUGGGAGACCAAAUAACUAGUGCUUGGCCAGUUGCUGACUUGAGGACUUAUGUGGGGUGUUACAGUGAAGUGGAAGAUGAACUAGGAAAACUCACAGGUGGUGACAAAAGGCUGUUGCUUGCACUGUAAGCAGCUGGACAUCCUCUCACUGUGCCUGAAAGGGCUGCGCUGUUUGAGGCAGCCAGCAGUGCAGCAUCUGUCCUGCACUGAUCUCACCUUGUGCCACGGCUGUUCUUUGAAUUUGUUCCCAGACAUAAGGCAGCAUUGCAGCAUUUCUGGUUCCUGGUACUUUUGAGCUGUGUAAAGUGAGGAAGCUGCUGUUUAUAAAGACAGGAAGGCUGGAGGCUGUGCUACAUUUCCUCUAGCUAAACUUGAGUUUGAGCUAGUGUCAUUGUCCACGGGGCCCUUAGAGGAACGAACCAUGUUGGCUGAAGUUAAUUCUGCUUGUAAAAUGAAAUAGCGUAUUGGUGUUUUCCUGCUUGAUAAAAUUGCCUUCGAAAAAGGGUUCUGUGGAACCUCAUUGCUGCACCACUGCCUGUGACUGGAGCCAUUUCUCUUGUGAAAGCAACCAGAAGCUGAGACAGUGAUGACUGCUUCUUAUUUGGGGAUAAAACUAGUGGGAUGGACGCAGAGAACAAGUCUGUGAAUCCAAGUACUGGACUGACAAAUGAGACCACAAAACCUUAUGAAGAACAUACGGAAAAGCGGAUGGACGUGUUUGCUGUUUACCACCUCGUUCCUCCAAGCACGCAGGCUGCCCUUGCAGCUGGAUGCUGAGUAAGGAACUUCACUGUGCUUACGAAUCAGUUGUGCGUUUCUGAUGCUUUUAGCUUCUUACUUCAAGCAUUUCCACGAGGGUCAAAAAGCUCGUACUUGCCCUGCUCCUCCAAUAAAUACUAGCUGAUUUUGGGCCACUUUUGUCUGAAACGGGUAAUUUGGUGUUGCUUAAUGCACAUGUAGUCCAGAGAGAGGGUUUAAUCCCUCGCAGAAUCAUGAACACUGCAUGUCUAUUUAUUUAUUUAUUUUGUGUUUUAGCACCUUCUUACAAGUCUUGAAGCGCUCUGACAGUAUGAGCUAUGCACCUGUAGCAGCUUCGCCAGCCACUUGUGCAGCCAUUCCUGGGCUGGAGCGUGGCUAUAGAUUGAGGAACCAUUGCACUUGGAGAGAGAGAGGAAAAAAAACAAACCUCUGGUUCCUAACAGUUGUCUGACUUCAACCGAUGCAUAAGGGAAGUCUAGGAACUGAAGGUACUGCUGCUUUAACUGUGGCAAGCAGCCUGCGGCGUCAUGGGGAUCUCUGAACAAACUGGGGACAAAGCAAUCCACUGAUGGGCUUUAAAGCAUGCUAUGAAGAGUUUAUGCUAUGGGCUAGUGCGCUUUUCUCUUAAAUGCAUUGGUGAUGCAAAAAGAUUGCAAGAUUGUACAUACGUGGCUACGUGAGCAAGAUUACUUGCAGCUAAAACUUGGUUGUCUUUCUGUGGGCUGUAGAAGCAAUAUGUUCUCCAUGCAGGCUGUAUCCUCUUCAUUUUGUUUGCCUUUUUCUCCUUGAGUUCAUUUUCUGGAGGCACUGCAAAUCUGCACAGCUCCCAUCCCGCUGCCUGCCAUGGCCAUGUCACUGCUCCUAGAAACUGACAGGCUUCUUUGCCAGGUCUUCCUGAUUCCUGCCUUUCUGUACGAGCAGCUCUGCAGUGCUGAAGCAGUUGAGGAUCGUAGCUUUGCGUAUGGAUCAGCUUUCCUGUACGGAAAAUGCAUCUUUGUUUUCUUGAGUCGUCCUGCAAGUUCCUGUGGGAGGAAAACACACCAUCAGCGCAGUGAAACUUUACUUUGUGUUUUCAGUUUUGUAAACAGUAAUUUGAACUCAGUGUUUCAUAUGACUGUACAAGGGAUUGCCAGGGGUCAAGUGCUUGGAAAGCUUUGGUUCUUUGUACUCCUAGCAGGACACGUAGCCUGGGAAUGGCUGCAGCUGCAUUUCCAGCGUCCUGGAGGUGGAAGGUGUGGUGCUGGGAGGGGUUGCAGGCACACAGCACAGUGCCUGGUGCAGCCCCUAUGGGCCCUGCACUGGGAGCCUGCUGGGUUGUGAUGGCGGCCUUCUAGUGCCAGAAGAAACUGUAAGGUUUCAAGUAGGCCGCGUAAUCCAUUUCUUCUGUUUUGUUUUUCCCAGUCCUGGUGUAGAAUCAUUCCACAUCUGCUCAGUGGUACUUUUUCUUUAAGAUGUCAGAUUUUUUUCUCAAAUGCAAACCACAUUGAUGUCCCCACUCACCAUCCUCCGAUAGCUCCCACUGCUGCAGCGCAGAGUUCAGAGGGGCUGCGGCUGAGCCCCGCGUUGGCUCCAGCUGCGCCAGGCAGAGCUGUGGGCGCAGCACUCGGGCUGUGUGUUUGCCAAAGAAGUCUCAGUCCGAAGCCAAGGAAAAUGUUGGAGAGCUAUGGGAAAAUAAUGUUCUGUUACGCACGCCUUAGCUUUAUUUUUCCUCCUUCUGAUACUUGUCCAGGUGCUUAGGUGUCGUUGGACAUCCACGCAGUAUUAAGGCAGGGAAAACUGAUGUUCAGAGAACAAUUUUCAGCUUGUCGUAUGCAAGCUGAGAGAAUACUUACAAGGAACAUAUGGUUCAUCGUGUGCUUUUUUAUUUACCAGAAACAAACGGCCAUCCAUCACGUGUAUGCCACGUUUGAGAACUGGAUGCAAACUAGGCCAAACGUGAACACUUUUUGUUAAUGGAGAGGGGGUUUCAAUUAGUCCUUUUCUUAAUAUCUCAAGGGAACUUUUCAUGUGUUUGUGUGGUUUGGUUUUAUUAGUCUGUAGCCCAGCGAAGUGGAGAUUUGCUAGUUUUAUUUAACAUUUUUUGUGAGUGUUGUGAUCCGUAGUGACUGUAACACUUGGACUUUUAGGGAUUGGCAAAAGCUUCAGAAUUCUAAGAACUUCACUGUAAAAUAGCUUCGUCUUUUUAAAGCAUGUUAAUGGUUUUUAUGGACACUUCCUUUUGUAUACUGAGUGAAUGUAUUGUUAUAGGUUUAAUGUUUAAUGGACCAAUAAAGUUUUUCUUACAAAGGGAAA